AUGGCUGGCGCGAGGACCAUAACGGCUGAACCGCCGCGCUCCACAGCCUACUACUACGCCGACCUAGAGCGGCUGAGGCGAAAGAACGGCUUCCAAGCCGAGGAGCCGUCCGCGGAGCAGCCCAGCAGAGACCCCAACGAGCGCAGCGACUGCGUAGAGUCCACGGAGGCGGUGGAAGAAGGCCCCGUGGCCGAGGUCCCGCCCCUGAGGGACAGGAGGCAGGGCCAUGACCACCAGAGGCCGGGAGCCGAGAGGAAACUGGAGGAGACUUACUCCACCGCCGGCACGUUCCCAAUGCCGGAGCCCCUAAAAGAGAAGGAGCCCCUAUUGGCCGAGCUGGAGGUGGUAGGUGGGCUGCCGCUGACCCAGCUCGACUCCGGCUCAGGGGUGAGGAGGAGCAGGAGCUGGUACCUGUGCUGCCCGAACGUCGGCGAGGAGGAGAUGUCCAGGGAGUCCUCGUGGCGGUACUCCAGCCUGCGAACGGUCACCUCGCCCCCGGCUCCAGGGCGGAACGGGAUGCAUCUGGUCGUGACCCAAAGCAGCGGGCAGGAGGACGUGGUGACGCUGCGGAAUGAGAGGGAUGCCCUCGCCAGGGCAUUGGCUGCGGAGAAGCAGAGGGCGGCCAGCGAGGCGAGAGCCCACGACGCGAGGCUGGCGGAGCUGCACGGGGUCAUAGCGGAGCUGGUCAGGAGGCGAGCGCAGGAUAAGGGCUCGAGGGCGAUACCAGAGGAGGAGGUGUCCGACGAAUGCGAAUCCACCACCCAGCCGGCCGGCGAGCUGGACAACGAUGCUGACAGGUCCCGCACUGACCAGAACGACACCUCGUCUCUGAGUCCCUCCGACCAGCCCAGCCCUCUACCCCAGGACCCAGCGCCGGCACAGCCCCCGCAAUCCAGGACAGCGCAGACAGCGCAGACAGCGCAGGCCCAGCCUGUGGCCAGUGACGUCAGCCUGAACUGCUCCGAGCGCGACUCCGAGAUAUGCGUCAGCACCGCGAGAUGCUGCCAGUACGCGAGGGGCGCUCAGCAGCAGACGGACGAGAGCGACAUCCCCGACGGUCUACUCCCGCCCUCUCCAGGGCGUUGCGAGUCGCGGCAAGCCAAGCUCGCCGCGCGGGUGCGCCUGCGACGCGCCGCUGACGCCGACUCCGCCCACUUGAGCAACGACCAGAUGCAGAUGGUGCCCGGUGAAGAGGAUGAGGAGGCGCUAGAGGGUGGUCUGCUAGCCCUGGAAUAUCCAGGCGAGGCGCUGGCGGCGGUGGCGAGCGCGUGGCGGGCGCGCUGCCUGCGUCUGCAGGCCGACUGCCGCGUGCUGGACUGCGCCCUGGCGCGCGCGCUCGACUCCGCGCACAGGCUGACGUGCGCGUGCGCGGCGCAGGAGUCGUCGUCGGUGGCGCUGUGCUGCGCGCUGCGGGCGGCCGACCGCGCGCUCGAGGCCUACGACGUGCUGCUCGCGCUGGCCGAGACCGCGCCCCACGCGCAGCGCCGCCACCAGCGGCAGGAGCGGCUCGCGGCGGAGGCGGUGGCGAGGCGGCUGCUGGCGCGGCUGGAGGCGCCCUCGCCGCCCGGGCCGCUGCUCUCGCCGGGGCCCUGGCUGGCGGACCACCACCUCAGGGGGGAGGAGUCCGGCGAGGAGGGUGGUGACGAGGCGGGUGAUGGCGGUGAUGGCGGUGAUGGGGGUGAUGGGUUGUGGAGCGCCGAGCUGGAGGCGCGCCUGAGGGAGCACGCGGCACGGCUCAAGGCGGACACGGUGGCGCUCAGGACGGCGCGGAAGCCGCCCGCCCUCUUCUCCUACCACGACGCUGACGAGGACAGCAUCUCCAAGGCGGUUGGUGACAUCAGCAUGGCCGAGAUGGAGGCGGCGGUCGUAUUGCAGGAGGCGCUGGCGGGCAGGGAGGCGCGCGCGUGCGAGCGAGCGAGACGGCUGCACUCGCUGCGUCCCGCUCCCUCGACGGGCUCGGCCCGCAGCAGGAGGCGCCGCGAGAGGGCGCGCCACUGGCUCGACGGCCACGCCUCGGAAACGGACCUC